AUGUAUUACUACUUCGUCACUAAGUUCAUCAUCAUGAAUUUCAACAAUAAAGUUGUCCUCGUGACUGGUGGGAGCUCUGGUAUUGGAGCCGCCAUCGCUAUCAAAUUCUCUGCUGCCGGAGCUAAAGUAGCUAUUGUGGGGCGCAACGAGACGAAGCUCAAAGCAGUUGUAGAGAAAUGCAAUAAUCCCUUAGUCAUAAUAGCUGACAUGACUAAAGAAAAUGAUGUUAAGAGAAUUGCUUUGGAAACAAUAGCACAUUUUGGAAGACUCGACAUCCUGGUAAAUAACGCUGGAGUCGCGAGCACCGAAAGUAUUAAAGACGCAAAUGCCCUGGAGUCCUACAACGCAGUCAUGGCGACAAACGUCCAUUCUGUUGUUCAGCUCACACACUAUCUUGUUCCUCAUAUCAUAGCAACGAAAGGUAACAUUAUAAACAUCUCAAGUGUCGCGGCUAUGAUGGUCAGUGCUCUGGUGGGUUUCGCUUACACCACAUCUAAGGCUGCCUUAGAUCAUUUUACUCGAUCGAUUGCUUCUGAAUUGGCAUCGAGUGGAGUUCGUGUAAACUCAGUUAACCCAGGACCUGUGAAAACGGACAUUGAUGCAAAACUGGGAAUCGCUAAAGAAGAAUCAGACGCAUUUUGGGAAAACGCUGGUAAAUCUACACCACUGAAACGUGUUUCUGAUUCAGAAGAAAUUGCGGACUUGGUUCUGUUUUUGGCCAGUGACAGUGCUCGAGGCAUUACUGGUUCCACUUUUGUAAGCGACAAUGGUUUACUGGUUGGCGCAAAGUAAAUCUGUGUUUAUUAGAAGAGAAUCAGUUUUUGUCUAUUUAAACAGUUUUUUGUUUUCAAAAUAUAUAAACCUGUGUUAAAUAAAUAAAAAAGUAAUUACCUACUUA